GGUCAAGCCACUUAGCUCUACAUGCUUUGUUUCUUAAAUGUAUAGACCGCGGUACUAUCUUCCAGGUUUUCAUAGUAAAAAGAUGUCGUUCACCAACGUUCCUAGAUCCGAUUCUGUGCGGCGAGAGGAAACUUUUAUCUGAAGACAAUUGGCAACAUAGCAAUUAAAGCUCACUGACUACUGGCAUAGCACACGUCAUACAAUCAAGACGUAACCCUACUUUUCAGCUACUUUUGUUUUUUUUUUAUUUAUAUGUUUAUUUUACUCUACUAAUUAGACUUAUCAUCAACAUUUUCUACAAAACCUGCAUUGAAAUAAAAAAUAUGAACGGAACAGGGGACAGAAACUCGAAACGCACAGAUUUCCUGGAGUGGCAGGAAUACUUUAUGGCCGUAGCUUUUCUGGCUGCAAAACGAAGUAAAGAUCCCUGUACACAAGUAGGAGCAUGUAUCGUCAAUGAUGAUAAUGUCAUUGUAGGAAUAGGGUACAAUGGUAUGCCAAAAGGGUGUGAUGAUGAUGCUUUCUCAUGGGCAAAGAAGAGUCAAAAUAGGCGUGAUAAUAAACAUUUAUAUGAAGUUUUUUUUUUAGUGUGUCAUGCUGAGUUGAAUGCAAUUUUAAACAAAAAUUGUUCAGAUAUAAAAGGUUGCACAAUAUAUGUUGCCUUAUUCCCUUGCAAUGAAUGUGCUAAAGUUAUCAUUCAGUCAGGAAUUAAAGAAGUUGUGUAUAUGUCAGACAAGCAUGCACAUAAGUGCAAUACAAUUGCUUCCAAAAAGAUGCUGAACGCAGCUAAUGUUAAAUAUAGGUAA